AGAUGUUCCGCCAUUCCAGGGUUGCGUUUAUCUAUAAGUCCUCAGGGCAAGCGAGCUAGAGCCGCCAACAACCCACUUUCCACUCAUUUCCUGUGAUCCAAGUUAAUCAGAUCGAGAGAAAAAAAAUGGUGGCGAUCAAAUCCGUCAAGGCUCGUCAGAUCUUCGACAGCCGAGGAAACCCCACCGUCGAGGUUGAUCUUACAUGUGACGAUGGGACCUUUGCGAGGGCUGCUGUCCCUAGUGGUGCAUCCACAGGUGCAUAUGAAGCACUGGAGCUGAGAGAUGGAGGAUCAGAUUAUCUCGGAAAGGGUGUCCUCAAGGCUGUUGAGAAUGUGAAUAAAGUAAUUGCUCCAGCAUUGAUCGGCAAGGAUCCUAUUGAGCAAGCACAGAUUGAUAACUACAUGGUCCAACAACUUGAUGGUACUCAAAAUGAAUGGGGCUGGUGCAAACAGAAGCUUGGUGCCAAUGCGAUAUUGGCAGUAUCACUUGCUGUAUGUAAAGCAGGUGCAAGUGUGAAGAAAAUUCCACUCUAUCAGCACAUAGCAAAUCUUGCCGGAAACAAGAACUUAGUCUUGCCUGUUCCUGCAUUUAAUGUUAUCAAUGGAGGAUCACAUGCUGGAAAUAAGCUUGCUAUGCAGGAAUUCAUGAUUCUUCCAGUGGGGGCUUCUUGUUUCAAGGAAGCCAUGAAGAUGGGUGUAGAAGUUUAUCACAAUCUGAAGGCUGUGAUCAAGAAGAAGUAUGGACAGGAUGCCACUAAUGUCGGAGAUGAAGGUGGUUUUGCUCCCAACAUUCUGGAGAACAAGGAAGGUCUUGAACUUCUGAAGACAGCUAUAGCUAAAGCUGGUUACACUGGAAAAGUUCUGAUUGGCAUGGAUGUUGCUGCUUCAGAAUUCUAUAGUGAGAAAGAUAAGACUUAUGAUCUCAAUUUCAAGGAGGAGAACAAUGACGGCUCUCAAAAAAUUUCUGGAGACGGUUUGAAAAAUGUCUACAAGUCCUUUGUGAAUGAGUACCCAAUUGUGUCAAUUGAAGACCCAUUUGAUCAGGAUGAUUGGACCCAUUAUGCAAAGAUGACAGAAGAGAUUGGACAGGAAGUGCAAAUUGUUGGAGAUGAUCUACUUGUCACCAACCCAACACGAGUUGCAAAGGCAAUAAAGGAAAAGGCCUGCAAUGCUCUUCUUUUGAAGGUAAAUCAAAUUGGGUCUGUUACGGAGAGUAUUGAAGCUGUCAAAAUGUCAAAGCAUGCUGGGUGGGGAGUGAUGGCUAGCCAUCGAAGUGGUGAGACUGAAGAUACUUUUAUUGCUGAUCUCUCAGUUGGUUUAGCAACAGGUCAAAUCAAGACUGGAGCUCCAUGUCGUUCUGAGCGCCUUGCGAAGUAUAACCAGCUACUGAGAAUUGAGGAGGAGCUAGGUGCUGCGGCAGUUUACGCAGGAGCCAAGUUCAGAGCUCCCGUCCCACCCUACUAAAUGAUUAUGCCUCGCUGAAGCUAAAGGCAGCUGUUCAUCAUCAGCUGAGUUUUGAUUUUGGCUACAGUAGUUAGUUUGCUUUCAGCAAUAAUUUGCAGCGGACAUGUUUGUCUUCGGUGCAAUGCAUUACUGCAAUAGUUCUCUUUUUAUUAUGUUAUUAAUCUUGAUGUAUGAGAUGAGUUUUGGAUCCUGAAAAAACUCACCAAUGUACCAAAUUAUCAUUUACAUUUCUGUGCUCUGUUUGCAGCCGUUUACUGGCAAUUCUUAUUCUAGAUGCAUUUUCCAUCA